UUCUUUAUCAAAUCUGAAGCUGAUAGCCGUUGCCGAUCGUCGAAGUCCAUCGUCCAAUGGCUUCUUCGUCGGAACCCAAAAGGACUUACGACGUGUUCUUGUCGAGCUCCAGAUAUGAUGAGAUCGAGAUCCCCGGUUUUUCCUCUCGUCUCGCCGCCGCUUUAGACGGGGCGAGAAUAUCCACUUUUGGUAGUAGUAAGGAACUGGGGAAGGAAGAGCACAUGCCGCCGGCGCUUGCGAAGGUGAUCGAGGAAUCGCACAUCGCGAUCAUCAUUUUCCGCGGGGAUUUCGCUUCGUCGAUUUGCUGUUUGGAAGAGGUGGUAAAAAUCAUGGAGUGCAAGGAGCAAAGAGGCCUCAGAGUCUUUCCGGUGUUUUGCUUGAUGGACCCCAGUGAAGUGAUGUCACUGUACAUGGAAGCUAUGCAUAGGCAUGAAUCCAAGUUCAGGAAAGAUUCGCUGGAAGUGAGCAGAUGGAAGGAAGCUCUUUCUGACGCGAGAAGGUUGUCCGGAUGGCAUUUUCGACCUAGUGAUGAUGAAUCAGAGCUUUUACAAAACAUUGUGAACGAAAUCUCCAGAUGUCUAAACCAAACACCUUUGCGUGUUGCUAGGCAUCUGGUUGGGAUAGAUUCACGAGUGGAUAAGCUGAAAUCGAUGUUAAACCUAGAGUCUGAUGAUGAUGCUGUCAUGGUGGGAGUAUGGGGACAGCCUGGCAUAGGAAAGACAGCUUUAGCAAGAGCUCUUUACUGUGCUAUUUUUAGACAAUUUGAAGGUUCAUGUUUUCUGGAAAAUGUUCGAGAAGCUUCAAAAGAUUCCAAAGAUUUAGUUCUGUUGCAAGAAAAAUUACUAUCUGAGGUUUUAUCACUGCAACGUAGAUCAGAAGUGUCCAGUCCCGAUAGAGGUAUUAAUCUAAUACGACAAAGACUUAACCACAAAAAGGUUCUCCUUGUCCUGGAUGAUGUGGAUGACUUGCGCCAAUUAAAUGCUUUAGCAGGAGAAGGCAUGUGGUUUGGUAAUGGCAGUAGGAUCAUUGUUACUACAAGAGAUGAACGUUUGCUAACUCGUCAUGGGAUUGCUCAAGAUCAUGUGUAUGAAGUUAAAGCACUGAGUGACACCGAAGCUCGUUCGCUGCUUGAGUAUCAUGUUUUCAAUAGGACUCGCCAAGAAUUGGAUGUCGGGAAAGAUUUGAUGGGUUAUGUUAUGAAUUAUGCUAGAGGCAUUCCUUUGGCCCUUGAGGUGUUGGCGUUCCUGUUACGUAGUAAAAGAUCAGCUAAUAAAAGGGAAAGUACACUAGAGGAACUUUUUAAGAGUCCCUGGACAACCACAACCGUUAAGGACGUGCUCAUGUUAAGUUAUGGUAAACUAAGGGAAGAAGAUAAAGAGAUCUUUCUUCACAUUGCUUGCUUCUUUAAUGGUUGGAAUAGUAAGUACGUAAAGAAAAUUCUCCAGUGCUGUUUCCCGCCAGAAGUACAAUUACAAACUCUCAUUGAUAAGGGACUACGAGUUCUCAUUGACAUGGCCCUUAUAAGCAUUGAUGAGUGUGGAAUCAUAAGAGUGCUUGAAUCGGCUCAAUCCAUGGGUAUGGAUAUUGUGAAACAUGAAUGUCGCGAUGAUCCCGAGAGACGUAGCAGACUAUGGCUAUAUGAUGAUGUUGUCCGUGUUCUGUCAAAAGACAUGGAAGAUUGUGCUGUAAAAGCCAUAGUGUUGGAGCCACCUGAGCCAACAAAGACACAUAUCGGGUCUGAUGCUUUUACAAAAAUGAGCAGCUUGAAAUUACUCAUCGUGCGGAAUGUGCAUAAUUCUUUUCAAGGUCCUAUGUGUCUUCCUAAUGGGCUAAGAUUGUUUGAAUGGGCUGGUUGGGCUCCCUCGAUUCCAGAACUUUCCUCUUAUCCAAAGGAACUAGUGUCCGACCGAAAAAAAAAACGAAAGGAAUUAAUGGGACUUGAUACGAUCACAGUGGUGCCAAAACAAUCUCAGACCUCAGUUGCCACUGUUGAACAUGUAAUUGGCAUUGACGAUCGAGUGAAGGAUGUAAUCAAGUUAUUGCAAGUAGAAGACGAUAAGGUGCGAGUGCGCAUUAUUGGAAUCCAUGGAACCAGUGGAAUGGGCAAGACAACUAUUGCAAAGGCUGCAUACAACCGACUCUCCUCGUAUUUCGAUAGUUGUAGCUUUCUUGCGGAGAUUGGAGAAACAGCCAAAAAUGGUGGUGGUAUUCGGUUUAUGCAGACUAAGUUGAUAUCUGAUAUUCUCAAGCGAGAUGAUGUCGAUGUGGCUUCUUUUGAAGGAGGAAUCAUGUUUUUCCGGGAUGUAUUUCGCUGUAUAAAAGUUCUUAUUGUCCUCGACGAUGUGGAAGACGAGUCUCAUCUUCAUGACCUUCUAGGAGACCAGCUAGACUGGUUUGGUCCUGGAAGUUGGAUAAUUGUUACUUCAGAAGAUGGUGAAAUUUUCAAAAAAUAUGUUUCUCGAGGCCUCGCUCAUACUCUUGAGGUGAAAGGGAUGGAUAAUGAUCAAGCUCUUGAACUUUUAUGGAAGCAUGCUUCAGCAAUCGACAGUUCAAUACGUGACUAUCUUCAAUUUAAGAAGUACAUUGGGGAACCUAAGGGGCCGGAUCGAUUUGCUAUUGAAUACAUUGAUAAGUCUCUUGAAACUGCGAGGCACAUUAUCGAAGCCACGGGGCAAGUUCCAUUUGUCAGUGAAGUCAUUGGUACAUUUUUACGUGGAAAACAAAUACUAGAUUGGUGGAAGAUAGAGGACUCGAUAAAACCACGGAACUCUCUUGGGAGGAGUUUGAAGGAUUGUAGGGAGAUUUUGGAAAUCUGUUAUGAAGCAUUACAUGAUAAGCAGAAAGAAAUGUUUUGGGACAUAGCGUGGUUUGCCAAUGGCGUGGACAGCCGAGUUGCAUUGUAUAUGUGGCCCGAUCAAGAUCUUUCCUCUUCUCCCCCUGUUUUGAUGCCCCUUGCAAAAAUUGGAGGAGACAACAUGCUGUGGAUGCAUAGAAUGUUGAAGGACCUCAGCAGAACUAUGCAUCAAGAAGGUGCUAACGAUCCUGGAAGUCGCAGCAGACGAUACAUGCGCGUUGCAUACCUGGAAGAGUUCAGCAAGAAAGAGGGAAUGGAAGAGGUGGAAGCCCUUUGCUUUGACUUAAAAACUCUUGAUACCCCUACAUUUGAGGAAACCGUUUUCAAGAGCAUGCCGAACAUAAGGUUCUUGAAAUUGGAUCGUGCAAGUAUGACUGGAAAUUUUGCAAAUGUAUUUCCAAAGUUGAGGUGGCUUCGUUGGCAAGGGUGCCCGAGGGAAUUCAAAGCAGCAGAAUUUAGUCUGACAGAACUGGUGAUUCUUGAUCUUUCAUGGAGCAAGGUCGUUGAUGACUGGGGAGGUUGGACGUUGAUGAAGAUGGAGCAAUUGAAAGUCCUGAAUCUCACCGGUUGCGCAGACUUACUGAUAAGUCCGAAAUUUUCUGGCUUCCUGAAUUUGGAGAUACUGAUUCUAGAGCGAUGCUCUCGGUUGGUCUAUUUAGAUCCUUCAAUCGGUGAUCUCAAAAAAUUGCUUUGCCUGAAUCUGAAGUCCUGCACUGAACUCAACCGGUUGCCUGCCGAACUGGGUGGCUUGGAAGCUUUGAAGGAGAUACUCAUUGAUGGGACUUCAGUGGAAGAAAUUCCUUUGAAAGGUUAUUCAAAGGAACUUGAGACUCUUUCUGCCUCCAAUUGCUUGUCAUUGAAUCUUCUCGAUGGAGUUGGAGAGCUGGUGAAACUCCGACGCUUGUCAUUGAGGAAUUGUCAUUGGAUACAAGAACUUCCAGUGUCCAUUGGCCAAAGCCCUUUAGAGGAGCUGGAUAUUUCGGGAACAGGCAUUUUGGAAUUGCCAGAUUCCUUUCGUAAUUUGCAGAGGUUGAGUGUGUUAAAAAUGGACAGCUGCUUCAUAAGCGAAUUCCCUAGUUUUCUUUGGCUUCUACAGAGCCUUGAAGAAAUACAUGCCUCCUUGUGUAGGAAUUUGGAAGGGGGGAUUCCUGGAGACAUUUUUAGGCUAAAAAAUUUGAGAAUCUUGAGGCUGCGAAAUUCUGCUAUUUCCAGCCUACCUCGUCAAAUCGAGUUUCUUUCCAAGCUGGAGACUCUUGAUGUACUUCACUGCGACAUGCUUCAUGAGUUGCCAAAACUUCCCUCUAGUUUGGUUAUUGUGCAUUUGAGUCCAAAAUUGAAGGAAAAGGUGUCUCACCGUUUCGGGAGGUGUUGUUUCAUCACUGUGUAACUUGGAUGACAAGGUCAUUGAAAUUG